AUGUUGAGGAAUUCGCUCCGUAGAGCUGGCUCUCAGCUUCCUCGAAGCGCGAGAUGCCCGAGCUCGCCCUCAAGUCGGGCCAUAUCGACGACGGUGGCCAGCACCUCGCCAUGGAAGCUCGCUGCCUCCCGACGAUCCCUUGCCUCCUCCCCCGCUCUUGCUGGCCGGCUCUACGCAACCAGCGCGACCAACUCACCGCCCGAUCCGAGCGAUAACUUUCUCUCGGGAAGCACGGCCAACUAUAUCGAUGAGAUGUACAUGCAGUGGAAGCAAGACCCCAAGAACGUCCACGUAUCGUGGCAGGUCUACUUCAAGAACAUGGAGAGCGGCGACAUGCCCAUCUCCCAGGCCUUCCAGCCCCCUCCCAACCUGGUGCCGAACAUGACGGGUGGCGUGCCUCGACUCGGCGGUGGCCUCGCUCUCGAGGAUGGCUCCGACGUCACGAACCAUCUCAAGGUUCAGCUCCUCGUGCGCGCCUACCAGGCUCGCGGACAUCACAAGGCCAACAUUGACCCUCUCGGCAUCCGCAACACCACUGCCGGCUUUGGAAACGUCAAGCCCAAGGAGCUCACUCUCGAGCAUUACGGCUUCACCGACAAGGACCUCGACAAGGAGUACACGCUCGGCCCCGGCAUUCUGCCUAGGUUCAAGAAGGAGGGCCGCGAGAAGAUGACGCUCCGCGAGAUCGUUGCCGCCUGCGAGAAGAUCUAUGCCGGCGCGUACGGUGUGGAAUUCAUCCACAUCCCCGACCGUGAAAAGUGCGACUGGCUGCGCGAGCGUCUGGAGGUCCCCCAACCCUUCAAGUACUCGAUUGAUGAGAAGCGCCGGAUCCUUGACAGACUCAUAUGGAGCUCCAGUUUCGAGUCCUUCCUGGCGACCAAAUACCCCAACGACAAGCGAUUCGGCCUCGAGGGUUGCGAGACCCUCGUCCCCGGCAUGAAGGCCUUGAUCGACCGCAGCGUCGACUACGGUGUCAAGGACAUCGUCAUUGGCAUGCCCCAUAGAGGCAGACUCAACGUCCUCUCCAACGUUGUGCGAAAGCCCAACGAGUCCAUCUUCUCCGAGUUUGCUGGCACCGGUGGCGGCGAGGACGAGGGCUCCGGCGACGUCAAGUACCACCUCGGCAUGAACUUCGAACGGCCUACCCCUUCGGGCAAGCGUGUCCAGCUCUCGCUCGUCGCGAACCCUUCCCACUUGGAAGCCGAAGAUCCUGUCGUCCUCGGCAAGACGCGCGCCAUCCAGCACUACAACAACGACGAGAAGGUUCACCGAACCGCCAUGAGCGUUCUCCUCCACGGUGACGCUGCCUUUGCCGCUCAGGGCAUCGUCUAUGAAUGUCUCGGAUUCCACUCUCUUCCCGCCUUCUCCACCGGCGGCACCGUCCACCUGGUUGUGAACAACCAGAUCGGCUUCACGACCGAUCCUCGAUUCGCCCGCUCGACGGCCUACUGCACCGACAUCGCCAAAGCCAUCGAUGCGCCCGUCUUCCACGUCAACGCCGACGACGUCGAGGCCGUCAACUUUGUUUGCCAGCUUGCUGCCGACUGGCGCGCCGAAUUCCAGCACGAUGUCGUCAUUGACCUCAUCUGCUACCGCAAGUACGGCCACAACGAGACCGAUCAGCCGUCUUUCACCCAACCACUGAUGUACAAGCGCAUCAACUCCAAGGAGCCGCAGAUUGAUGUCUACGUCAACAAGCUUCUUCAGGAUGGCACUUUCACCAAGGAAGAUGUCGAGGAGCACAAGAAGUGGGUUUGGGGCAUGCUGGAGGAGAGCUUCGACAAGUCCAAGGACUACCAACCGACGUCCAAGGAGUGGACGACGUCGGCCUGGAACGGUUUCAAGUCCCCCAAGGAGCUCGCCACCGAGGUCCUGCCCCACAACGCCACCAAGGUCGACAAGACGACGCUGCAGCACGUUGGCGAGAUCAUUGGAUCUGCUCCUGAAGGGUUCCAGAUACACCGCAACCUGAAGCGCAUCCUCAACAACCGAACCAAGUCGGUCGUUGAGGGCCAGAACAUCGACUUCCCCACCGCCGAGGCUCUCGCCUUCGGCACGCUCGUGACUGAGGGAUACCACGUCCGCGUGUCCGGCCAGGACGUCGAGCGAGGCACCUUCUCGCAGCGCCACGCCGUCUUCCACGACCAGGACACCGAGGAGACCUACACGCCCCUGCAGCACAUCAGCAAGGACCAGGGCAAGUUUGUCAUUUCCAACUCAUCCCUGAGCGAGUUUGGCGCCCUCGGAUUCGAGUACGGCUAUUCGCUGUCGUCGCCCAACGCUCUCGUCAUGUGGGAGGCUCAGUUUGGCGACUUUGCCAACAACGCGCAGUGCAUCAUUGACCAGUUCAUCGCCUCGGGCGAGGUCAAGUGGAUGCAGCGAACCGGCCUCGUCAUGUCUCUCCCGCACGGCUACGACGGCCAGGGUCCCGAACACUCUUCGGGUCGUCUGGAACGCUACCUGCAGCUCUGCAACGAGGACCCGCGCAUCUUCCCAUCCGAGGAGAAGCUUGUCCGCCAGCACCAGGACUGCAACAUGCAGAUUGCCUAUAUGACGACGCCUGCGAACUUGUUCCACGUGCUGCGCCGACAGAUGCAGCGACAGUUCCGAAAGCCUCUCAUCAUCUUCUUCUCCAAAUCUCUUCUCCGCCAUCCCCUGGCUCGCUCGAACAUUGAGGAAUUCGACGGCCCUAACGCGGGAUUCCAGUGGAUCAUCCCCGACCCCGAGCACCAAACCGGCGCCAUCAAGUCCCCGGAGGAGGUUGACCGCGUCAUCCUCUGCUCCGGCCAGGUCUGGACGAGCCUGCACAAGUACCGCAUGGAAAACAAGAUUGACGAUGUUGCCAUCACGCGCGUCGAGCAGCUGAACCCCUUCCCGUGGCAGCAGCUCAAGGAGAACCUGGACAUGUACCCCAACGCGAAGACGAUUGUCUGGGCCCAGGAGGAGCCCCUCAACGCCGGUGCCUGGAGUUUUACACAGCCUCGCAUCGAAACGCUGCUAAACCAGACCAAGCACCACGAUCGCAAGCAUGUCAUGUAUGCUGGCCGCAACCCGAGCGCGUCUGUGGCGACGGGCAUGAAGCGGAUUCAUCAGGAAGAGGAGCGUGACUUGCUCGAAAUGGCCUUUACCGUCAAGCAGGAUAAGUUGAAGGGCGAGUAG